CGAAGUAAACAAGCUUAUUUGAAGGUGGCGUAGAAAUUGAUUAGAAAUAAUAGUUGUAGAAGUUAUAAUUGUAAGAAAAUUUCAGAUAAGUUAAACAAAAUGACCUCCGUUCAUACGCCAUCCGUCGCUCUCAGUAAAUAUCGAGAUCAACAUUUCAAGGGAUCUCGACAUGAACAGGAACGACUUCUCAAGGUAUCAUCUACACUGUAUGUGGGCAACUUGAGCUUUUACACAACGGAGGAGCAGAUCCACGAGCUAUUUUCCCGAUGUGGUGAUGUUCGGCGGAUUGUUAUGGGAUUGGAUAAGUUCAAGAAAACUCCCUGCGGUUUCUGUUUUGUGGAAUAUUAUACCCGAGUCGACUCGGAAAGCGCAAUGAGAUACAUCAACGGAACGAGACUGGAUGAUCGAAUUGUACGUGUUGACUGGGAUGCCGGAUUCGUUGAAGGUCGUCAAUAUGGACGCGGUAAAACCGGUGGACAGGUGCGUGACGAGUACCGUCAGGAUCACGAUUUAGGUCGUGGGGGCUAUGGUAAAAUGGUUCAAAUGGGACAACUUGGUGCGCCCAAUAUGAGGGAAAGUUAGGGAUUGGAAAGAGGCAGACAUCUCAGUUUGUAAAAUUAACUAUUAUUUAUAGCAUCUAUCAAAUAAAUGGAAACACUUAAGA